ACGACUGAAGGCAUUUCUCUAUUAAUCAGUGCGCUAGUCCAGAUCAAGACCCUUACUUUUUACCAUCUACACCUUGUUUACGACACUGUGUCAUUUGUUGCAAUCUCAAACUGUGCAGCAGCUGUCUGCUCGCUGGAUCCAAAAACUACGGCUGGCAUCGUCCGCUACUAUUUGAUUGCGAUAUGGUCAGUUCUCUACCUAACCUAUACAUCGCUCUUCGGUAAGCGAUUACAGUCCUGGGACUACAGCACCCCAGGCCAUUGCUACAACACGCAUCAUCUUGCCCUUCCUUCCGCUCGGCAUCCAUCCGUUGACAACGUCUAUAUUGCAAUCACGUGUUUCUACAUAUUCGCAACAAUCAGCUUGGCCACUGGUUUCACUAAGCUUCUUAAUAUGAGUGAAGACAGCACAUCCACCGGGCUCAUGGCACUAUUUUCGAAGAGGGGAGGACUUCCGUGGGCAAAUCUAUAUACUAGGGCCACAGGAUUAUUUUCGAGGAUGGGAGGACAGGGUCGGUGGUCCAGGGGCCUUCUCGCAGUCUUGGAGAAUCUCCAAGAAACCAAAGUCAGCGACUUCUUGCAGCAUCACCGAAAACCACUACUUCUAGUGGUUACUUUCGUCCAGUUCCCUGUGCACGUUUACUCGAUCUUCAUGCUCCGGAAAUCAAACGAGGGCUUGUUAAUCAGUGGUCAUACGGAGCAAGAAUGGGGCUUCGGUCAAGUUGCCGCUAUGGUUCUGCUGGCGCCCAACGUAAUUGGGAUUGUUGUUGCUGUUAACGGUUAG